AGGGAGAUUGAGGCCCUUGCCCUGCCCACCAGCUCCUUUCUCGCCACGCGAGGGCCGACCGGUACCCCUUCCCCUGGAGCUUGAAUUGGAGGAAAGCAGCUAUCUUCUUGUGCCAAGAUGUCAGGAAUUGGAAAUAAGAGAAUGGCUGGAGAGCCCGGCACAUCCCUACCUCCGGAGAAGAAGACAGCUGUUGAAGACUCAGGGACCACAGUGGAAACAAUUAAGCUCGGGGGUGUCUCUUCAACGGAGGAUUCAGACAUUCGAACACUGCAAGCCAAAAAUCGCAAGCUGGCAGAAAUGCUGGAUCAGCGGCAGACCAUUGAAGAUGAACUCCGGGAGCACAUUGAAAAGCUUGAACGAAGACAGGCCACGGACGAUGCCUCCCUGUUGAUUGUCAAUCGGUACUGGAGUCAGUUUGAUGAAAACAUCCGUAUCAUCCUUAAACGUUACGAUCUGCAGCAGGGUUUGGGGGACCUCCUCACAGAGAGAAAAGCCCUUGUUGUGCCUGAACCAGAGCCGGACUCUGACAGCAAUCAGGAACGGAAAGAUGACCGCGACAGAGGGGAAGGGCAAGAGCCAGCCUUCUCUUUCCUUGCUACUCUGGCCAGCAGCUCCAGUGAAGAGAUAGAAUCUCAGCUGCAGGAGCGCGUGGAGUCCUCCCGCCGAGCUGUGUCCCAGAUCGUAACUGUCUAUGAUAAAUUGCAAGAAAAAGUGGAGCUCCUAUCCCGGAAGCUAAACAGUGGAGAUAACCUGAUAGUGGAGGAAGCAGUGCAGGAGCUGAACUCCUUCCUCGCACAAGAGAACAUGAGGCUGCAGGAGCUGACAGACCUCCUUCAGGAGAAGCACCGCACCAUGUCUCAGGAGUUCUCCAAGUUGCAGAGUAAAGUGGAGACAGCUGAGUCACGAGUGUCUGUCCUAGAGUCCAUGAUUGAUGACCUGCAGUGGGAUAUUGACAAAAUUCGGAAGAGGGAACAGAGACUCAACCGACACUUAGCAGAAGUCCUAGAACGGGUGAACUCGAAAGGUUACAAGGUAUAUGGAGCGGGGAGCAGUCUCUAUGGCGGCACAAUCACUAUUAAUGCCCGGAAGUUUGAGGAAAUGAAUGCAGAGCUUGAGGAGAACAAAGAGUUGGCUCAGAACCGCCACUGUGAGCUGGAGAAACUUCGGCAAGACUUUGACGAGGUCACCACACAAAACGAAAAGCUGAAGGUGGAACUACGGAGCGCAGUGGAGGAAGUGGUUAAGGAGACUCCAGAAUAUCGCUGUAUGCAGUCACAGUUCUCCGUCCUCUACAAUGAGAGCCUACAGUUGAAAGCGCACUUGGAUGAGGCUCGCACCCUACUUCAUGGUACCAGGGGGACCCACCAGCGCCAGGUGGAGCUCAUUGAGCGAGAUGAGGUUAGUCUUCAUAAGAAGCUGAGGACCGAAGUGAUCCAGCUAGAAGAUACCCUGGCCCAGGUCCGCAAGGAAUAUGAAAUGCUGAGGAUAGAAUUUGAGCAGACCCUUGCUGCCAAUGAGCAAGCAGGCCCCAUAAACCGGGAGAUGCGCCACCUCAUCAGUAGCCUCCAGAAUCACAAUCACCAGCUGAAAGGGGAAGUCCUGAGGUAUAAGCGGAAAUUGAGAGAAGCACAGUCUGACCUGAACAAGACACGUCUGCGCAGUGGCAGUGCCCUCCUGCAGUCUCAGUCCAGUACUGAAGACACUAAGGAUGAGCCUGCAGAGGUGAAACAAGAUCCCGAAGACUGGUCUGCCCAGUCCUCCGCAUCGAAGGCAUCUCAGGAGGAAGCCAACGAAAUGAAGUCCAAACGGGAUGAGGAAGAGCGAGAACGAGAAAGGAGGGAGAAAGAGAGGGAGCGAGAAAGAGAGCGGGAGAAGGAAAAGGAGAGAGAACGAGAGAAGCAGAAACUAAAAGAGUCAGAAAGAGAGAGAGAUUCUGCUAAAGAGAAAGAGAAAGGGAAACAUGAUGAUGGAAGGAAAAAGGAAGCAGAAAUUAUCAAACAAUUGAAGAUUGAACUCAAGAAGGCACAGGAGAGCCAGAAGGAGAUGAAACUGUUGCUAGACAUGUACCGCUCGGCCCCAAAGGAACAGAGAGACAAAGUUCAGCUAAUGGCAGCUGAGAAGAAGUCUAAGGCAGAGUUGGAAGAUCUAAGGCAAAGACUCAAGGAUCUAGAGGAUAAGGAGAAAAAAGAGAAUAAGAAAAUGGCUGAUGAGGACGCCUUGAGGAAGAUCCGGGCAGUAGAGGAGCAGAUAGAAUACCUGCAGAAGAAGCUGGCCAUGGCCAAGCAGGAGGAAGAAGCUCUCCUCUCUGAGAUGGAUGUCACAGGCCAGGCCUUUGAAGACAUGCAGGAGCAAAAUAUCCGGUUGAUGCAGCAGUUGCGGGAGAAGGAUGAUGCCAAUUUCAAGCUCAUGUCAGAACGUAUCAAGUCCAACCAGAUCCAUAAGUUACUCAAAGAAGAGAAGGAGGAGCUGGCUGACCAGGUUUUGACUUUGAAGACUCAGGUUGAUGCCCAGUUACAAGUAGUAAGGAAAUUGGAAGAGAAGGAGCAUCUGUUACAAAGCAACAUUGGCACCGGGGAGAAGGAGCUGGGUCUUAGAACACAAGCCUUAGAGAUGAAUAAGCGCAAGGCAAUGGAGGCAGCCCAGCUUGCAGAUGACCUCAAAGCACAACUGGAGUUGGCUCAGAAGAAGUUGCAUGAUUUUCAGGAUGAGAUCGUGGAGAACAGUGUCACCAAAGAAAAGGACAUGUUUAAUUUCAAACGAGCCCAGGAGGACAUCUCUAGACUUCGAAGAAAGCUGGAGACCACGAAGAAACCAGACAAUGUACCCAAAUGUGAUGAGAUUCUGAUGGAGGAAAUUAAGGAUUACAAGGCACGCCUGACCUGCCCGUGUUGCAACAUGCGUAAAAAGGAUGCUGUCCUUACCAAGUGCUUUCACGUCUUCUGCUUUGAGUGUGUGAAGACUCGCUAUGAUACCCGCCAGCGCAAAUGUCCCAAGUGUAAUGCUGCCUUUGGUGCCAAUGAUUUCCAUCGCAUCUACAUCGGCUGACCUACACCAGGAGAAGAGGAGGGGCUGGCUAGACAGGCACUUACUCAUUCACCAUCAAGCCGCUACCUCUUCUCUCCUGGACUGCCGCCUGCAGGCACUUUGUCUGUCAACAGUUGUCCUUCACAGACUUUACAUUGAAGUUCUCUCUGAUAGCUGGAUGACAUCAGGGGAAAGGACUGCUGAGUGCAAGUCUUGGCUUAUAAAAUGAAUUAGAAACAACUCUUGUCUCCCUACCAGCCUCAUUCCACCUGAAGAAGUGAAGUUGGUAUAUUUGGCAUGGAGAAGGAAAUAAAGAACAGAGGAGACACAUGGCCAUUUGGGGAGGGAGUGUAUAUAGGGGAUCCUUUAGAAAUAAGCUAUCUAUGGGCGCAAACAUUUCUUGAUUUGGGUAGCGAACUUUUUGUAAACAUGGAUUACAUAGGGUUGUAAUUGUGCUACUCUUCCCCAGAUGGUUUGAAGCCUUAAUGAAUUAUGUCCAGGAUGACUCAGUUGAUUUUUAUUGACCAGUGAAGUAACUUGUGAAGGUGCGCUGGCUUCCUUGUUGAAGUUAAGUUUUGAAUGUUCUACACACAUUAAAGUCUUUAAAUUUC